GCAGACGUGUAUCGCUGCGAGGGAAACACGGUGCAGCUCUAUGUCUUCCUCCUGCGAUUCGUCAGCAUGGUGCUGUCAACCAUGCCGCAGCAUCGCGACGCCAGGGCGUCCCAGCAUGCCAAAGAGAUUGCCACGCUCAACAAGCAAGCGAUGGCAGCACUGGUGGAGUGCGAGCAGCUGAAGCCACAGGUGUCACGCCUGCUGCAAGCGGGCAGGGGCGGCCAAGACGACGACGACGACGCACAGUCCGACGCGGACAGGGACGCGGCUGUGCGCGCAGCAGCGGAGGAGGGCGCUGUGCCUGUCUACUACCCCGCCUCGUCUUCCACGGGCCUGCCCUCUGCUGCUCCGUCCCAAGCAGCCGUGGCAGCAGCCGCCACGGCUGACUUGUUUGCUGGAGCGUGGUGGACUGGCGGGGGAGCAGCAGCAGGAGCAGGAGUAGCGGCAGCAGCAGUGGACCCCAUGGAGGCGUGGAGCCAGUCCGUGGGCCUGUCUGCAUCGGAGCAGCAGCGCCUGCUCACAGCCCCCACCCCCUCCGCACCCCCCCUGGACCUGGACCUGCUCUCUGGUGUCUCCUCGCUCUCUCUCGCCCCUCAACGCUCCACCUACUCCCUCGUUCCUUAUUCCGCCGCUCCUUAUUCCCCUGCUACUUAUUCUCCCGCUCCUUAUUCCGCCGCUUCCUCCGCCACUCAGCAUGGCAGCCAGCAGCACUACAGUCUACCAGCGCCUCGCACAGAGACCCUCUCACGCCACUCCCUCGUCUCCAUGCCCGCACCCCAUGUGCCCUCGCACCUGCCAUCGCAGCCCCACCAAUACCACCACGCGCCAUCCUCGCAUGUGGCCUAUCCCACCCACAUCGACUCAUCGCCCAUUCAGCUGCCAGAGUGGUUACCACCUGUCACCUCCCAACAAUCAGAGCAGCAGCAGAAGGCAGGUGAGGAGGGCGGAAGCAGCAGCAGCAGCGGUGGUGGGUAUGACGGGCAGCAGAUGGUGACUCUCAUCAUGCCCUCCGUUGCUGCUUCCACCGCUCCCUCUUCCGCAUCUCUCCCCACAGCGUCUCCCAUUCAGCCGCGCAGCAUUCUCAAGCACGGCACUGCGUACCGUGCCGAGCAGGCAGCUGCACAGGCCGCCUCUGCUGCUGCAGCGGCCGCAGGGGGAGGAGGGGCAUACGGUGGGCAAUACGGAGGGCAGUACGGUGGGCAGUACGGGGGGGAAUACGGAGGGGCAGCAGGGGCGGUGAGCCAGGCAGCAACAGGAGGAUAUGGGUAUGAGGGUGCUGGGAACAUGGGUCUGCCUGUGGCGGCGCCCCUGCACCAGCCGUACCCCCCUCCCAUGGAGGCCCCCUUGCAAGUGCUGCCGCAGUUGCACCCGCCCCUUGCCAUCCAACAAGCACCAGCGCACGGGCAUGGGCAUGGGCAUGGGGGGCAGAUGGAGCAGCGGCAGCCGCACCCGUCUGAUGUGGCGGAUCCCAGGCCUGGGAAGGGCGGAGGGAAAAAGGGCAUCAAGGGAGUGCACAUUUCAACGCGCAUGAUGGACGAUUUCAUGCGCAUAGUGCGCCACAACACCUCCCGCAACCUCGAGACCUGCGCCGUGCUCGGAGGCGUGCUUAAGAAGGGCCUGUUUUUCAUCAAGGCGCUCAUCCUGCCCAAGCAGGAGUCCACCUCUGACUCCUGUUCCACGUUGAACGAGGAGGAGAUAUUUGAGGCGCAGGACAAGCGAGGGCUCUUCCAGCUCGGCUGGAUCCAUACGCACCCCUCACAGGCGUGUUUCAUGUCAUCCAUCGACCUGCACACACACUACUCCUACCAGGUGAUGCUCCCGGAAGCCAUUGCCAUAGUCAUGGCUCCCAAAGACCCAUCCCGCCCAUUCGGCAUAUUCCAGCUGUCGCAGCCAGGGGGAGUGAAGGUGAUACAGAACUGCCAGCAGAGGGGCUUCCACACACACGAGGCACCGGCAGAUGGCACUCCGCUCUACUCCCACUCCUCCCAUGUCUUCUUCAACCCCCGCAUUGACUAUGAGGUGCUCGACCUGCGCUGA